GCCAUACGAUUUAAGUAGCAGUCUAGGCCACAGAAUUAUUGUUUGGUCUACAUUUUUUUGAUUUUGUAGUUAACUACAGUACAACAAUCACAGGGAACGUCGCUUAUCAGUAUCUAUUAGGUGGAAGUUGGUGGAAGUGAAAGGAAAGGAUGGCAAAUCGAGGACUUUCAAGGGUCCUUGGGAAUUGCCUUCACCACGAAAAUGCCAGAAUUCACCGUAGCAUCAAUGCAUCAUCGCUGCUUAAUAGAACUUGGAGUUAUCGUUUUCACAAAGGAAGAAGUAAUAAUAUAUCAACAUCAACGGAUUACCCAGAAUUUAGAGAUUUGCCUCACAUCAAAACACAUAAUGACUUAUACAAAUUCAGCAUUGAAGAUCCUGAACUAUUUUGGUCUAGACUUGCACGAUCUAGACUGACAUGGAGUAAAGACUUCUCUACAGCUUGUAAGAGUGACUUCAGUAAAGGAAAGUUCGGAUGGUUUGAAGGAGGAGUUUUAAAUGCUUCUGGUUUGUAAUUUUGUUUCAAAGUUGCUAGAUCUACUAAAGCUAGGCCUAAUCAAAUCAUAACUAAGAAACUUGUUGGACUUUGUACCUAUACAAGUUGAGGUUUAAUAUAAACGGGAUAGAAUACAGUCUGUCUCUAGCAUAUAUAUGGUAAUUAAUAAUAAUUAAUAAAUAGUUAGUUAAAAUUGAACUGCUCAAUAUUAAACUAUAUUUUUUGGUCAGCCAAUGAUUUAGCCCAAGUAGCAGUGACUCACACUUAAGCAAAAAGCCUACCUGAGUAGCUAGAAAUGUUUUUCAGAACUGUAAAAACAGAACCAUGAGCAAUCUUGUGCAUUUUGAAGAGAUAUUUGUCAUACCUAUAUGAUUCAUAUGGGAUAAAAGCAAACAUAAUUAUGGCAUAUGUUUAUUGAGUGGUUAUCUUGAGUUGUUGGAAAAGUUCAAUAAAAAAUAAUGCAGAUUGAUAGGCUCCUACAUGCAGGCCCAUUAAUUCAAGACGAAGGCAUUCUGUCAUACAAAAGCUACUCUUGUUUUAAGCAACAUACAUUCACAAUGCAAAAUAAACUAUUUCUUUGCUCAAAUAAAAAAAAAAACUAUAAAUAUAAAGAUGAAACUGGGAACUUACAGUUUUUUUAAAGUGAAUGGAGAAGCAAAUAGAAGUGCAAGUUGUUUUAUAUCGUAUUAUAACUCUCUUAUAAGUAGCUGGUGAGAAUGAGAACCUGUUUACAUCAUCAGCACUACUUAGUAAGUUUUGAGAGUGCACAAUUUUUGUUGGUCAUGUCAUAACAUGGACAUGAACAUGAAAGUCUAAGCAAUCAUUUAAUGUUAAUAAAAUUAAUAUGCAUUUAAUUAAUGUGUUAUUGUAAAUACAUUGAAUGUAUAAUAAUUGUAUUUUUUGUCGAUUCCAGUAAAUUGCAUAGACCGCCAUCUUGAGAAAAGGGGAGAUGAAAUAGCUUUAAUAUGGGAGAGGGAUGAACCUGGUACACAUCGAUUUUAUACAUACAAGUGAGUUGUUCAAUGUACAUAGUUGCAAUUGGCUUUUAAAAAUAUAUAUCUUGUCCACAGUGUGUAUAAUUACAAGUGUACAAAUGAUUUGAAAUAUUUGUAAUGUUACAGCAAGGACUUCAUUUGGGUAGGGCAGGGUGGGGCAUUUGCAGGUUUUAUUUAAAUUGCUAUGUACUAGGGCGCCUCCAGUAAUAAACAACUUAACAAGUCGACCAAAUUGUAGUUUUGCCCCUCUCCCCUGAAAAACCAGAAAUGCCACCCCUGCGUUACAGGCGUUGAAGAUUAUAUAAUACACAUUUUGCAUAUUUUCAAUAUUUAAAAAACUGAGAUAUAAUAAAUAACUAAUGUUCGUGUCAUCUUAAUAUUUGCAGUUUAGGUUAAGUUUUUUUUAUUUGUAAGAUUGUAAGGUAUAAAAAGUUGCACAAUUCAAUCUGCUUUAAGUGACAUUGCGAUUUGUUGAUGACUGUUUGAAAUUAAAUGUUUGACAUGACAUAUCUAAUCUUUAGACAACCAAAUUUUAAACUUCCAAAAAAGAAGUUUAAGUAACUUAUCUAAUUAAGACCCAUUAUUAAAAAAAAUAAAAAUAAUAAUUGUUGUAAAGUGAAUUCAUUUACUGCAAGGACAACAACUUUGAAAGCUUUUACCAACUAAUUUAAGCUUGACAACAUUGACAAAUAUUUGACUAACUUUGUGCCAUAAUUUUUUUUGUUAUCCCAGAAAACUCUCUGAGAUGGUGGGAAAAAUUGGAAAUCUCUUGACCAACAGUGGGGUCAAGGCUGGAGACAGAGUUGCAAUUUAUCUGCCCAAAUCUCCCACUGCUAUAGCCACCAUGUUGGCAUGUGCCCGGAUAGGGGCAAUUCACAGUGUUGUGUUUGCUGGAUUCAGUGCUGAUGCCUUAGCUGGGAGAAUUAAUGAUGGUAGGUCUGUGUAUUAUAUUGGGGAGAAUUAAUGAUGGUAGUUCUGUGUUUUAUGAGGGAGAAUUAAAGAUGGUAGGGAUCUGUUUCGCUAGGGAGAAUUGUUGAUGGUAGGUCUGUAUUUAUAUGAAGGGAGAAUGAAUGACGGUGGGUAUGUAUUUCUUUAGUACUUGACAGCGAUGUUACAUUUUGGUACAUAUUGGUCUAUUAGAGUUUCUGUUAAAAAAAUUGUCAUCCUAAGUGUAUACUUCCGCUUUAUCUUUUAGCUCAAGCAGAGACGGUUGUGACAGCCAAUCAAACAAUUCGUGGGGGUAAACUUAUUGAACUAAAAAAGAUGGUGGACGCUGCAGUCAGCAAAAGUCCUUGUGUGAAACGUGUACUGGUCUACUACAGGACGGAAGCAAAAGUUCCGAUGGGUAAACUGGACAUUGACAUGACUAAGGUUUUUAUAUGGUUGUGUCCCCUGUGUAAGCUAAUAUAGUAACUAACUGAACAGAAUUUAACAAAUUUUUUUUAGUGAAUACCUGAAUUUAUAUUGUUUAUUUAAUUUUGUAAAAAAUGCAGUUAUAUUACAAAGCUUUGUACUUAGUCUUUUGUUGUACUUAACAGUAGACUUAGAUUAUCAUUAGAAAAAAAGGUUGUAUGAAAUGGCAGUGCAGCUUAAUUUUGAAUUUUCAGGCAAUGGUGCAAGAGUCUCCCAACUGCCCUGUAGUAGAGAGAAAUAGUGAAGAUACAUUGUUUAUGCUCUACACCUCUGGAAGUACUGGAUCCCCUAAAGGAAUUACUCACUCAACUGCUGGCUACUUACUCUAUACAAAUGUCACAUUUAAAGUAAGAAAUAGUAAACAAAUUUGAGUCCUGUUUUGUGAUUGGGUAAGAUGUUUGUGAUUGGAUGUUCUUAAGUGAAUAUUUUAAAGAUGUAAGUUCCAUUUCAAUGGUUGUAAAAUAUAUCAGUUCUUCUGAAAUAGGUGGUCCACAUAACUUUCAGUCCCUGGUUCACAAAAGGUGUGAUACUUUUAAAGAUUUUAAAAAAGGGACUAAUAGCCAGCGGUCCCUGCUGCUAAUUCCUGCACAAUGCACUAUUAAAGAAUGGAUGACAGGAAAAAAAUGGUUUUUGUAUGUGAUAUAAGUAAAAUGUAUAAGUAAUAUUAAGUAUAAUGUAAAGUGUUAUGUAUAUGGUAAUAUAAGUACAGUUUAGUUUAAGUAUUAUUCUGAUUAACACAAGCUAAAAGUUGCAUCUUAAUUAAUAUUUUUACCUUCCCAAAACUUUAAGUUUUUGAAAACUGUGAUGGUUGGUAUUCUCAAAAUAAAAUAAAAAUCUUUUACCCAGCAUGCCUUUGACUACAAUGUGGGUGAGAAGUUUGGCUGCGUGGCUGACAUUGGCUGGAUCACGGGUCACUCGUAUGUCUUGUAUGGGCCGUUGUCUAAUGGAGGCACUACACUCCUCUUUGAAAGUACACCUUUAUACCCUGACCCAGGUAAGGAAGUUCCCAGUUGAUAAGCUUUUGUACAAAUUAAAAAUACAGAUCCACCUUGGCUAAGGCAUAUAUUAUGCAAUUUUUGGUUUAAAAAAAUAUGUGUCCUUGUUUAGUAGAUUGAAAGAUGUGAUAAAUGCUUUUUUGGUAUUUAUCUAAUAUAUUCAACGUUGCCAGCUUUUUUUACCUUACUAAAUCAUUUGUCUUACUAUCAGGUCGUUACUGGGAGAUGGUUGAAAGGCUCAAAUUAAACCAUAUUUACCUGGCACCUACUUCACUGAGAAUGUUGUUAAAAUCUGGCGAUGAGUAUGUCAAGAAGUAUGACAGAUCAAGUUUACGAAAACUUGGAUGUGGUAAUUAGAAUUAAUUUGUUAUCAAUUUUUUAAAUUCAAAAUCCAAUUUUAGAGGGUUUAUUUGUAGUAAUGGCAUUACUGGUGGUCCUAGGACUAAUGACAGUUCUGUUAGCAGUCAGACUAAUGGCAGUACUGGUAGCCCUGUAGUAAUGGCAGUUCUGGUAAACCUGUGGUAAUGGCACUACUGGUAGCCCUGAUAUCAACUAAAUAAUUCUACCAUUAGUAAAAACAAGAAUUUCCGCACAAUUUAAUCUCAUAGUGAAAUAUUUUUGUUUUAUUUCAGUUGGUGAGCCUCUGAACCAUGAAGCUUGGGAGUGGUACUACAAUGUAGUGGGGGAGAGGAGGUGUGACAUCAUUGAUACCUGGUGGCAGACAGGUAAUACAAUUCUUCUUAGAUUUAUUAUGACCCUCAUUGGUUGUAAUCAGCUUUCAUUGACUGCCAUUGACUCUCAUUGACUGUAUUCAGUUCUCACUUACUGCCAUUGACUCUCAUUGGUUGUAAUCAGCUUUCAUUGACUGCCAUUGACUUUUAUUGCCUGUAAUCAGCUCCCACUGACUGCCAUUGACUCUCAUUGGCUGUAAUCAGCUUUCAUUGGCUGCCAUUGACUCUCAUUGACUGUAUUCAGUUCUCACUUACUGCCAUUGACUCUCAUUGACUGUAUUCAGUUCUCACUUACUGCCAUUGACUCUCAUUGACUGUAUUCAGUUCUCACUUACUGCCAUUGACUCUCAUUGGUUGUAAUCAGCUUUCAUUGACUGCCAUCGACUCUCAUUGACUGUAUUCAGUUCUCACUUACUGCCAUUGACUCUCAUUGACUGUAAUCAGCUCUCACUUACUGCCAUUGACUCUCAUUGACUGUAAUCAGCUUUUAUUGACUGCCAUUGACUCUCAUUGACUGUAAUCAGCUCUCACUUACUGCCAUUGACUCUCAUUAACUGUAAUCAGCUCUCACUGACUGCCAUUGACUCUCAUUGGCUGUAAUCAGCUCUCACUGACUGCCAUUGACUCUCAUUGGUUGUAAUCAGCUUUCAUUGACUGCCAUUGACUCUCAUUGGCUGUAAUCAGCUCUCACUGACUGAUUGACUCUCAUUGGCUGUAAUCAGCUCUCACUGAAUGCCAUUGACUAUCAUUCUGACAUGUGAUCCAGAAUAUAUUUAUUAGGCAGCCACCCAUAGAAAUACAUUUUUAGUUUCAUUAUGAAUGUGUUAUUAUUAUCAGUAUGAAAAAUCCGUAUAGUAUUCCAUAUUAUCUGAUCUAAAAAAAACAACUUGAUCCAGAGGCUUCAUUUUUAAUAUAAAUAUAAUCAUGAAAUUUGAUAGUUGAUUUGAUGCAUUAUAAAAUUAGGAAAUGCUCAUUAAAUGUUAUAUAUGAUCUCACAACAUUUAUGAAAGUUACUGUUUUAUUUUUGUUUAUAAAAAACUUCAUUAUUGAAAUUCAUUUCUUGGACCAGAGACUGGUGGAAUCUGUAUCAGUCCAAGACCUUCAGAAAUAGGAGCUGAUAUCCAACCAGGCAUGCCAAUGAGGCCCAUGCCAGGGAUCGACCUAGCACUUUUUGAUUCCCAGGUUAAUUUUUAAAUAGAUAAAUAAACUUAAACUUAAUUUAGGAGCAAAGAGGUGAAAAAAGGGAGAUAACUGACAAAAAAAGUAAUUCAUGUGUUAUCUGGUUGUGUUGUCACAAAUAUGAGAUUGUAAAUACAAUGGUACAUUUUUAAACCUAGAAAGGGUGGCUGUGUAAAUAUUAUGGUACACUUUUAAACCUAGAUAGAAUGGUUGUAGAAAUAUAAGGGCACGAAUAUAAACAUUGAAAGGAUGCUUUAAAUAAACAUAUUAUACAUUGUAAUAAUGUAAAAAAUCUAUUUUUGUUGAACACCAAUUAUUAAUGAUAUGCCUAGAAUUGCUCCAAUAAAACUCCAAUAAUGCUUAUUUUGACCUUCAUCUUUGAAAGGAAUAAACGAUUUUUGAUGUUCCAUCCAGGGCAAAGAAGUUAAAGGAGAAGAUGUUGAAGGUGCUUUAUGUAUUCGUAGACCAUGGCCCGGAAUGGCAAGGACUAUUUACAGGGAUCAUGACAGAUUCUUAAAGACCUAUUUUCAGACAGUUCCUGGUAAGCUGAAAUAAGAACUCUUGGGCAUUCAAAUUAUGCCAGAAUGAUCAAUACAUUGCUCAUGGACCCUCAAAAUAUGGAAGUAGAAGUAUGGCUCAAUUUUUCUCAUUUUUUUAACUUGCCCUAGUUAUAAUGCCAUUUUCCCGAGUUUACUUGUUAAUUAAUUUACUGGUUAGAUAAUAAGCUUAUAAUGACACAUUUUUCAUUCAAUAUUUGUAGAUGUCUAUUACACUGGUGAUGGUGCUCAUCGUCACAAGGAGGGCCACUAUCAAAUAACUGGACGCAUGGACGAUGUCCUAAAUGUCAGUGGACACAGAUUGGGUACAGCGGAGAUUGAAGAUGUCAUGGUGAGUUGUCAGCAGUCAUUUUUAGGUAUCAAUGGAGGAUUAGCAUUACCUAUAGACAUAUUUAGUAUUUUCAUGGUUUUUUAUAAUUCAAAGGUCAGGGGUUAGUUAUAAGUCAUGGUUUGUUGCAAUUCAUCUUUUUAUUAGUUGCAAUAAUUCUUAAAAUAACUCCUAAAUAAUCAACAAGUUCACAAGCUGAACCAAAAAAUAAAAUACUGAUUGAUUUGGCAAUGCCCAGCAACUUUUUUUCAUGUACAGCACACCUAGACCCUUCUCAGAAUUCCUGGGCUUACCGAAAGAAAAGCACAAACAUAUUUCAGUUCAGAGUAAAUAUGUGAAAUUUACAUGAACCAGUGAAACUUUGAUGUUAAUUUGCAGGAUACAUUUAACAUAUAUAAUAUUAAAAAAAUAGUAAGAAAAAGAAUAAUAAAAAAGCUUCAAAUUUAACUGAAAAUUAUCAAAAAGCACCGUUGCCAAGAUAAACUAAGUGAUCGAAAAAUCUAAUAUUUAGUAAUAUUGAAUUUAAAAAUGACAGACCACAGCUUGUCUGGCUUCACUUAGCUGUUUUAUACCUGGCUUGAUAGCUCACAAAACAACUCCUAUUUCAAUAUUAUUCUUUCAAGCACGACUGAAUAUAUUGGCUUAUAAGUUUUUAUGAAGAGCCUGAAAGCUUUGUCUAUAAUAAGAGAGUUGUGGAAUAUUAUGAGUAGAACAUCAAUGAUGUCAUUGAAAGUUUGAGAUUGUUCUUCAUUGAUUGAAAUCUAAAGGAAAAUAAAAUCAAGUUUAAUUAUGGUGAAUUUUAAUUUCAGUGGCUUAUCAUUCCAUAAAGAAGUGGUAGAAAUAACCCACCAAACAAUGGCAGCGCCAAUGCAUGAACUUCCCAUCUACUAAAGUUACCUUGCAAAACAUGCAUUCAAGUAAAGCACUUUAUAAGAACCUGGGAAUUUUAUUGUGCUCGCCUUUUGAAUACAGCGUCACCGCCAUACAUACAUGCCCAGAGAAUUAUUAUUUGUGAUUUUUGCGCAUAUUUAUGAAGUAUUUUUGAGUGUUGUGCAAAAAGGGUAUCUGAACCCAUUGUAGCCUGGCUUCUCCAGACGAAGUGUUUAAAUGGAUUUGUCAAAUUUCUAUUGCUUCAUUGUUAGAUGCUCUCAAGAAAAAACAAUUACAUCUUGUUUUUGUGUGACAUCAUCUGGAUGGGUUCAAUUAUGUUAUGCUUAAGGUUGAGUUUCUUUUUGAGUCUGUUUAAUGUAUCUGAACUUGUCUUUUAUACAAUUUUAUUCAUUCAGAUGUUCAAACAAAAGUUCAUCUGGUAGUAUAUCUAUCACCUGGGGAUAGUUCGUCAUAAUUUUUUUUUGACCAACAAUUUCAGAUGAAUGCAGCAGUGUGUAGCCUAAUUUUUAUUGUUAAACUUUCUCUUUAACUACUGGUAUCCAUCAUUUACAGCAACACAUCUGUUAAAAAACCAAUGCAAAUAUUCCAUUUUGUCAUAAGUGUUGAAGAAAUCAGAUGUUACUAAUCAUCAGUAUUCCACUGUGGAAUUUCAUUGCAAAAUAAAUAAUACUCUCUGAUGGAAAUGCUGAUCAACAAAACACACAAAACCAAUGAUAUAUGCCUGCUCUUAGGGUGAGACUGAACUUAAUAUACUUCAUUAACAUAUUCAUUUCCUGAUUUCCAGGCAUGCUGGUUAAAUGAACAUUUCAUCAACAGUUUUUUUCUUUCUUUUCUGUUCUGCUAUUAACUUUGCAACAAGGUGACCAGCUUUCAAAACUUUGACAGACGAUCUCAAUCUUACAUCUGGUUGAGAAUUUAUGCUCAACCUUGUUAGAGCAAUUAUUUUCAUUUUAGACAGUGAGUCAGUUUACUCACCAAAGAGACAUGAGCACAAAUUUUGUGCUGUAUGCCUAAGAAAGUAUGACCUCUUGGUAAUUAUUUAAUCAUUGUUACAUUUAUCAACACACUUUUUAUCAUUUACGUGCCCACGCACGUAGAAACUGUGCGUUUCCUAAUUUUGAAGUCAUUUAGCAGUGGCACACCUAGCAUAAUCAUGCGGCACCCCGGAUGCAGAGCUCUGAUUUUGGAAUUAAUUUUGUUUGGUACUCUCUGCAGCAUGAGCAUCUGGGUGCCAUUCCAAUAGGUUUUAAUUAACAAUAAGAUGAGUAGCAUAAUUCAUGUCUAUUGAUUACUAUGCUGAUUCUACUAAGUCCAUCAAUAGAGUUUGAUUCUGUUUUCCAGGAUGAUCAUCCUGAUGUGGCUGAGACAGCUGUGGUAGGAUUUCCUCAUGACAUUAAAGGAGAAGGUAAGCCAAUAUAUAAAAUCUGAGUGAGUUUCCUUAAGACUGUAUCAAAUAGAACUUUAGAGUCGUAAAUUGCAUUGCUUAUACAGCCUUUAGAGAUUUUCAUAAAAUUAAUUUAUGUAUUGUAAGCUUUUCAUGAAAACACAUUUGCGAAAGAAAGAGAGUGAUAACAUUUUCAUGUGGGUAACAAUAUCUUAAAACCCAAUUAUUUUACACAGGGGAAAAUUUAAUCUUUAUAAAUAUAAUUUUUUCCUUUCCUGUAAAGGGGCGUAAACAAUGAUAGAUUAAAAUUUGCUAUGAAGAAAAGAAAAUAUUUUAUUUGUCCGUUAGUGCACAAAAUCAGUUCAUAGAAAGGUGUGGGUAAUUUUUAUGAGAUUAAUUAGUUAAGAAAUUUAUCUUUCAGAUAUGAGAAUGCUGCAUUUUUACGAUUUUUUCCAUAAAGUAGUUCACGAGCGAGGCAAAAGUUUGAGUUAUUUUUUUCAAUGAAGAUAUCAAAUAUCAAAAUAUUUUACUUACAGAUAUUUAAAAUGAUACAAAGAUUUUUAAAAAGAUUUAAGGACAUUUAAAAAAAUUUUUUAGCGAAUAAGUUUGCUUUGUGGUUUAGGGGUAUGAAAAAGGGUUGGUGGGGGACCUAUAUUUUAUAGAAGAUAAACAUUUCUCACAACCCAAUGAUGUUAGGUAAUGUAAAUGUCUAUACAUGAAUACUUCUUAAAAAUGCUAAAGUCUAAUCUACUAUUUCCUAAAUAUGCAUUUCAAGGGCGAGAAAUUUUUGUUUUUCUUUGAUAAUACAAUUUUUAAAAUCCAAUACAGUUAUGUAAAAAUUAGUAGAUUUUGAGACUUCGCAAGAGCAGGUAGUGUAAUAUGCCUUCCAUUUUUACCCUGGCAACACCUGGUCAUAUCUCCUAGUGUAUAAUAUGGGGGUAUGACUGUAAUUAAGGGCAAAUGACUUAAUAUUGAUUUUUUAAUAUAUGAAGUAUGUGCAUAUGAUUAAUUUAUUUCAGGAAUUUAUGCCUAUGUAGUUCUUAAAGACGGUAGAAAAACAAAAAAAAAUGAAUUGGAUCAACAGCUUCGAAACGCUAUCAAGAAGAAAAUAGGAGGAUUAGCAUUACCUGAAGUAAUUUUGGUAAGGUUUAGAUGUUACAUUCUGUUUGUCUUUACUUAUACAUUCUGUUUGUCUUUACUUAUACAUUCUGUUUGUCUUUACUUAUACAUUCUGUUUGUCUUUACUUAUACAUUCUGUUUGUCUUUACUUAUACAUUCUGUUUGUCUUUACUUAUACAUUCUGUUGUCUUUUUUACUUAUACAUUCUGUUGUCUGUUGAUAAAUUUUAUAGUGUGAUAUUUAAUGUAUAUGUUCCUUCUAUUGACAAACUGCACAAGGAAUACGAUGGACGCUGGCUUCAGUCCAUGUCAGGAUUGAUGACUUACCAAGUACCAAGAUGCCCAGGAAUAAGAAAGAGACUGGCUGAAUCUGCCAUUGGUCUUCUUGUUAACAUUAGGAAACUAGAAUCUGGCUGAAUCUGCCAAUGACAUUGGUCUUCUUGUUAACAUUAGGAAACUAAGUUAUGGGGAAAAAAUAUCAACAUGGUAGACACAAAUCACUGUGGACUACAGCCCACUAAAAGAUGAGAGUACAGAGGGAGCAGUGUACAGUAGAUGGCCUUUGUCACAAGGAAAUCCAUGUAAUUAUCACCAAGGCAAAUCAGAAAUUUAAAAUGCUGGCAUCCACUUGGACAUUUUAAAAUACUUCAAGUUUUCCCCUCUGUGGAUCACAGUGCAGGAAGACCAUUACCAGAUCAGAAUGGAAGCUGGAAGACAACUAGCACAACAGAAGCUGAAAGUUUUCCAGACCUUAUGUGUACAAAGGAUCCAGAGAAUGUUCUGACCAAAGACAAUCUUCCUUGAAAAACUGAGAUGUCGGUUGGUAGUGACAACCAUUACAAAACGCAUACUGCCAAAUUCCCAGUAGAAUGAGGCAAAGUUCACUUCCCAGAACAGUACUAAGAUGGACAUCACAGGGAAGCAAAACCAUAGAAGACCCAAAUGAACCUGUCACAACGCAAUAAAAAAUGAUCUGUGCUAUAGAAACUUGACUGUGCAGGUGGCAGGAAAGAAGUUGCGUUCCUGGCCUUUGCCUCAAGUGCGCUGCAUGAAAAUUCUUGUUACCUAAUUAACAAAAAUAAUGAUCCUUUAGCCCCUUUUUUUCCAUUGUGUUACAUAAAGAAUCUUCACAAUUUUCAUGGACUGACAUAAACAUCUUACAAAGCGCUGGCGAUGUUGUGACCCAUACACCUUUAAGAAUACUUUGUAUAUCACAUUUUGUAAGUACCACAUCUCUUUUAUUUCCAAUGAUAACUGAAAUUGCUUGGUAAAUUUUUAUUCAGCAGUGAAACCUCUCAUCUAUUGGCCAGAAACAAAUAGUUCUCUGCCUGUUUUAAUAAAUUUACUUCUGUUUCAUGUUUUAGUUCACUCCUGGGCUCCCAAGAACACGUUCUGGAAAAAUAAUGCGUAGAAUUUUACGAAAGGUUGCAUCCAACAAGUUCGAUGAGCUUGGGGACACUAGUACUCUGAGUGAACCUGAAAUUGUAGACUUCAUUAUUAAUAAACACAAGGAACUGCUGAAAGAAACAUCAUCCAAAGUAAAAGCUUAACAAAGGUUGUAUUAAUAUUAGUCCUAGUCCAUUGUCAGAGUAAACACUUGUAACUCCAGAAAGCAUUUUAAAUCUAUUUUGAAUGAACCUUGAAGAUCCUCUUAUAUGGGUAAAAAUUAAGCAAUCAAAAAAUUAAGCAAUCCAUUUAGAUUAUGUUCUAUGUAAAUAUUGAUAAUGAAAUAAACCCAGUUUAUUUAUUCAAGAUGUUUGAGAUUAAUUGAUGAAUAAAAAGUAGCUUGACUUUAUAUUUAUAUAAUGAAAAGACUUUCCUAACAAUACUUUGAAAUUGAUGAUUAAUUUUUUGGCUUAUGGUAAAUAGACACACAGACUGAACUGUAUUUUGAUGUUAGAGAUGCCCAGCUGAAUUGAUUCAAUGCCAACAUGUUCCCUUAGAUUUAGAAUUAUAAACUGAAAUACUUUGUUCAUUGUUGAAUGCCAGCUCAAGUAUUUAAAAUAAACAUUGUACAAGCCACCACAAAAAAAUUGACAAUUUGUAUGAUUUUAUACAUUGCUAAACAUCUUAAAAAAUCUUACUCUGCAAAGGUGGAAUACCCACAGUGGUGACAAAACGUAUUUUGGCCACCACAUUAAUUAUAUUAAUUUCAAUUAUUUUAUAUAUGUUUUUGUUAUGAUUUUAGUUCUUUCCAAUUAAGCUUGUUUGGAAUAUUUACUCCAACCCAAAUUUGUUUUGAAUGUGUAUUUCACAAUUACCAUUUGUUUUUCUAAUCUGCCUUAAGUGCCAUGUCAGAGUGUUAAAAGCCAUUCUAUAAAAUGAUUUAUACAAAUGCAUAAUUAUAUAAAAUUUACAUACUGGUAUGUCUUAUUUAUACAUAAUCAACAAUAUCUUUUUUAUUGCUCUAUAUUGAAUGUGAUAUUUUAAAGGUUUACUCUGUUACAUAUAUCAGUGGCAUCAUGUACAAAUAAAAUAACAACACUCAAAGACUUUUUAACUUCAAGGUUUACUUUUCUCCUUUAAUGAGUAAACUAGGGCAGCUGAUAUAUUAUCUAUUUAUUGUAAUAUAACUUUUAUAUGUUUUAUUUUCAUAGUUUGGAAAUAAGUUAAAGGAGUCGGCGCCUUUUUAGAGGGAAUUUUAAAAAAAACAACUAUUUAUUCAAAUGAUUGCCAAAGAGUUUCAAUACUCUUGAGCGUCAAAAUAAGCUCAAAAUGUUUUUUUAAAUUAUGUUUCCUAUCAGAACCACCUAUUAUUUUACUACUGCCACCCAUAAAAUGUUUGAUGUGCCAUGAGAAGAGACAAUCUGUAUCCAUGUUAAAUUUGUAGCCACUAGGGAAUGUGUUACAUCUUAUUUAUAUAUGCAUAUUUGUGAUUUUGGCAACAUCAAUAUUUAUAUAAUGUAAUUGGAUUGUGUGUUCUUUCAAGUGAUUGAAUGCCAUUAUCAGUGGUGUAGUCAUGCCUUAUUUAACAUUAAAAUGUCUUGUAAUUUGUAAAUAGCCCUGGUACUAUUUUAUUAAGGACUACAUCAUCGCCUGUUAUCACAUGGUUUUUGUGACAUAAUUUAAGAAAUUUUCUACAGAUUUAAUAGGCCAAAAUUUAGUAUAUUAUUUUAUAUGUAUAAAUAGUUGAAGUCUUAGCAGUGUCAACCUCACAUUUCCUCCGGUGUUAUUUAACAUCUACUUGUUAUUUUACUUGCCCAAAAAAAAAAAAGAAUGAUUAAUCAAAUUUAAACAAAAUACAAUGAAUUAUUACCCAGUGUUCUAAACUUUAUUUUAUAUACUUUCCAUAUUCCUCCAGCAACUGAAUGGUAUAAUGCAUAUCUAACAUUCAGAGAAUAGAUUUUAUUUCCCACCUACAUUCAUUUGCUGUUUUUGGCUGUAACUUUAUUUUCCUGCAAGUGAUGAAGAUACCAGUACAAUUGUUUUUUUUUUAUUGUGAAUGUUUUUUUUAAAGCUGUAUUUUACAACCAAAGAUAAAGAUAGUCUAUCAGUUUGAUCAAAAACCUUUUACUAUAUCCAGAAGAAAAUGAUAUCAGUUUUAAAAUUGCAGUUGAAUGCAGUCUGAAUCACAUGUAGAUACAAUUUAUCCUGGAUGCAGAGUCUGAUGUCUCCGAAAGUUUUUGUACCACAGCUUAUUAUCCAUUAUUAUUCAGUAUAUUUAACCAGACUUAUUAUUUCAUUGAAAGGCAGUUGUUUCAUUUGUAAUCCCUUAAGUUUCACUAGACUGAAAUUUAUAUGAGAAGCCCUAAAUUUCUAGGUUUAUGUUUCAAAAAUCUAUUUUAAAACUGUCAUUAAAUAUAAUAUUUGUAAAGUUAAUCAGAAGAAUUUUUAACUGCCUGUUUUUAUUGAUAUCUCAACAAUGUAAUCAAAACAAUUUUCAUUUGUUUUGAUCAAUAUAAGAAUCUUAUCUCGUCAUAUUAAAUUUAAAUGUUUACAAAAAUGUUUGUAAGGGGCUAUUUAUUGAUGUCAUUAAAAAAGGUAAAUAAAAUGGAUGAAAAUUUUAUCAUUGUUGACUUUUUCUUGCAGUUGGUGAGAUGUGAAUGUCAGGACUGCAGCAUUACAGGCUUUCUCACCCUUUU